UGCAUUUUAAAAAAGAUAAUAAGCAUUUUUAUGUUAUGGGCCUCCAAAACCCUAAUAAAUCCCCAAUCCCCUUAUAUAUAUUCUCGUCCACACCAUUUAGGGCUUCUUCACUCGCAGCAUCCUCCGCCACUCUCCCCAAACACACUCUCAGCCGUCUCCACUCCCAAAUCCACCAAUGGCGCAAGAACAGCUCGUCCUCCGCGGCACCAUGCGCGCCCACACCGAUUGGGUCACCGCCAUCGCCACCCCCAUCGACAACUCCGACAUGAUCGUCACCUCCUCCCGCGACAAAUCCAUCAUCCUCUGGACCCUCACCAAGGAAGACCGCAACUUCGGCGUCGCCCGCCGCCGCAUGAACGGCCACUCCCACUUCGUCCAGGACGUCGUCCUCUCCUCCGACGGCCAAUUUGCCCUCUCCGGAUCCUGGGACGGAGAGCUCCGCCUCUGGGACCUCCAGACCGGCGUCACCGCCCGUCGCUUCGUCGGCCACACCAAGGACGUCCUCUCCGUCGCCUUCUCUGUUGACAACCGCCAGAUCGUGUCCGCCUCCCGCGACAAGACCAUCAAGCUCUGGAACACCCUUGGCGAGUGCAAGUACACCAUCCAGGAUCAGGACGCUCACACCGACUGGGUCUCCUGCGUGAGGUUCUCGCCCAACACCCUUCAGCCGACCAUCGUGUCCGGCUCCUGGGACAGGACCGUUAAGAUCUGGAACCUGAGCAAUUGUAAGCUCAGGUCGACUUUGGCUGGCCACUCUGGCUACGUCAACACGGCGGCUGUCUCCCCCGACGGCUCUCUGUGCGCCAGUGGUGGGAAAGAUGGUGUGAUUUUGCUCUGGGAUCUGGCCGAGGGGAAGAAGCUCUACUCGCUGGAUGCUGGCUCUAUUAUCCACGCCCUCUGCUUCAGCCCUAACAGGUAUUGGCUGUGUGCUGCGACUGAGGCCAGCAUUAAGAUUUGGGAUUUGGAGAGCAAAAGCGUUGUUGUGGAUCUCAAGGUGGACCUCAAGCAAGAGAGCGGUGAUAUAGCAACUGAAGGGGCCGCCCAGACUGCUACCGGGAAGACAAAGGUCAUAUACUGCACCUGUCUCAACUGGAGUGCUGAUGGAAGUACUCUCUUCAGUGGUUAUACAGAUGGUGUUAUCCGAGUUUGGGGUAUUGGUCGUUACUAGAGAGCAAGACGACUUUAGUUGAGUUACAGAGGUUUCAAUUAGUUUUUUUCUUGCAACUCUUGGAAAAGAAGAAUAUUUGGUCUCUAUUUUAUGGUUUUGAGCUUUUAACUAUUAUGAAUUUUGAGUAUUUUUAUGAGUACAUUUUGUGCUUUAUUAUGACUCUUUGGGGAAAAGAAGUUUGUUAAAACUUUAAACAAGAUGUGUCUUGAGUUUGUCAUAUAUAAUGUUCCUCUGUUUCUCCUUCCCUGACUCACAGAUUUUAUGAAAUUGUGAAUGUGCCUUUGAUUAAGUAGCUAAUUAUAAAUUGUAAUUACUAAAUGAAUGAAAGAAU